UGAUGCAGAACAAACUGCCAUCAUGAUGAGGACAACACAGAUCUUCUUUAUCUUGGGUCUCCUACUUCCACUCUGUGUAGUGGUCACCAGCUUUUCAAUUAAGAAGCCUGGAUAUGCUCAGAAACCAGGAACCUGUCCCCCUGAACGCUAUUAUAUCAAAGCUAGUAAUCCGGAUAUAAUCCACAACUUCUGCCACAGCGAUGACUAUCAAUGCAAAAAUAACAUGAAGUGUUGCUCAGACAACCUCCACAUGAUAUGCAAGCCUCCUGCCCAAGCAAAGCCAGGCCAAUGCCCUACAUUUGAUUCUUCUUUAACUUCCGCCACAAAAUGUAACGACAACUGCACAUCUGACAGCGAGUGCCCUGGAAGUUACAAGUGCUGCACAAAGUUUUGCGGAAAGACUUGUGUCCCUACUCUAAGUGACAUGGGCAAGCCUGCGAUUGCAACAAGCCAAGGAUUCUGCCCACAAGAGGCCCUUUACAAAUGUGCACAGAAUGAAAGGAAAUACUGCGAUGAAUCUUCCUGCCUGGAUGGUUAUAAAUGCUGCCCUUUAAUCUGCCGUGUAGAAUGUCGGCAACCUGUUAAAGAAAGGAACGGUGCGUGUCCUGCAAAUGCUGCCUGUCCUGCAGGUGAAAACAAGAGUUGCUUAUCAGAUAAUGACUGCAAGACUUUCCACAAGUGUUGCUCUACAAGUUGUGGUCAGAGAUGCCUACAUGCAGUUAAUGGCACCUUCAACGUAUUUGACCCUACAAAUACCCACUUGUUUGAUCUUGCGGGAUGAAGAGGAUGAAGAGCAUAAACAAAGUGUACCGGGCACAUGUUCUUAUUUUUCUACUAGCAUGCUGUAGCCAAUGUAUUUAUGGGUUGUAUGCAUAUGUGUACUUGGUGAUUGAGCCAGGCCUAUAGAUCAGUCGUUAUAUGUAGAUAGAUGUGCGAUUUUCAUUUUCCCUUGCUUGAAGUGUAUACAGAGGCAAAACUUGUGUUCUUUAUAGAUUGGGUAGUGUAAAGCCUCGUACACACGGUCGGACAUCAAACAAACUUUCCCUUGGAUUUUUGUCUGAAGGGAGUUGUCCGGU